AUGGCCUCCAACGUCGCUAGGUCCGGCAUCACCACCGAUGCCCAAACCGGCGAACGAUACAUCCCCUCCUCAGUCCGUGCCGACGGUUCUAAACGCAAGGAAAUUCGCGUGCGCCCCGGCUACAAGCCCCCCGAGGAUGUUGAACUUUACAGGAACCGAGCAGCGGCAGCGUGGAAGACCCGCGCAAAAGGCGGGGUGCCGGGUGCGGAAAUAUUGAGCAGCGAAGACAACAAAGCUAAGACCGCAGCGAUCCCCACACCCACUGCCGCUACUGCCGCCAGCAACAAGAACGCUAAACGCCGCGAGGCCAAGCGGAAUGCGAAGGAAACCGACGAAGCCGGUCCCACUACUGAGGGCAAAGGCGCAGAGUCAAACAACUGGCGUGUCUCCGCACCCGCACCUAAGAAACAAGAAAAGCCUACCGAAGAACUUGUCGAUCCUGAAGCUGAGAAGGAGAAGAAAGCCCGCAAUCUGAAAAAGAAGCUCCGCCAGGCGCGGGAUCUUCGCGAUAAGAAGCAGCAGGGAGAGGCGCUGUUACCCGAGCAGUUGGAGAAGGUCAUCAAAAUUCAGGAGCUUGUUCGGCAGCUGGAUGUGUUGGGCUUUGAUUCCAAUGGCGACAAGAAGAAUGGUGACAGCAAUGAGGAUGCUUGA